AUGGCGAAAGUUCUCGAAAAUAUAGACGACGAAUUGUUUAUUAAUGAAAUUAAAGAAAACGAAUGUAUCUGGAACUACAGCAGUGAAUUGAACAGUGACAAAAUAAAGAAAGAUGGUGCAUGGAGAGCCUUAUGCGAGAAAUUUGAUCCUGAUUUCAACGAAAAAAGUGUAAAGGAAAAAAAUGAUAUUGCGAAAGUGCACCCUGUUGCCAAGUAA